CUCUAGUCGCAAAAUUAACAACAACAAACUUGCAAAUCUAACCGAUAUUCUUGUUUGGGGGUUGAUUUUCAAGAAUAAGAGAAAAACUUGCGAAUCUAACCAAUAAGCUUAAGCUUGAUCUAUUUUUUCAAAUCUCGUUGGGAAAAAACAAUUUAGGAAAGUUAUCCAUCACACAUAUUUUUUGAGAACGAGUAAUGAAUGCGUGCAAGGGUGUUUUUGUAAUUUGGAGCAUAAGUAAGGGAUGGAGGGGUAUCUAACAGAGACAACAUUGAAGGAGGAAGCAUGCAUCAUUGCAUCUGAUCUAACACUGCCAAAUUAAUAACAAAAAUAAAAAUUGAAUCACGUAACAAAAUCAUCUCAUCUCGGUGUAGGUUGAUUCAUUCAUUAAUUAAUCAAUGAAGGAAAUGACGGCGGGUAAAACUCCGGAGGCCGCGGACGGCGACGGCGACGGCGACGACAGCACCACCAGCACGCAGGCGUACGGAGAAGCAUGGUACUGGGACAACCGCUACGCGCAGGAUCCAUCCACCUUCGACUGGUACCAGAAAUACCCCUCCCUCGCCCCUCUCAUCCGCCUCUACAUCCCCCGCCACCACCCCAUUCUCGUCGUCGGCUGCGGCAAUUCCGGUUUUAGUGAGGGACUGGCUGAUGAUGGAUACAGUGAAGUCAUCAAUAUCGAUAUCUCGACAGUGGUGAUCGAAGCAAUGCAAAGGAAGUACUCAAAUAAUCCAAAUCUGAAAUAUAUGGUUAUGGAUGUACAAGAUAUGAGUGCCUUUGACACGAGAUCUUUUGCUGCUGUUAUAGAUAAAGGUAAAAUGUUUAUCUUUUUCGUUCAGUGUGGCCUCAACUCAAAGCAAAAUGCUGCUAGAAUGCUUGUGGAGGUCUGGAGGGUACUCAAGGAUAAAGGAGUAUAUGUUCUGAUUACAUAUGGAUCACCAGUUUAUCGACUACCAAUAUUGAAAGAGUUAUCUUGGACAAUUAAGCUUCAUGUGAUAGGGAAGCUUCAAUAUGGGAAUACUUCAAAUUUGGCCAGGGAUCUGACCACUCCAAUUCCUUUAGAUGCAAAUGGAGGUUCAACAGGAACUGUAGGAAUGAAUGCUGAUGUCCACUAUAUCUAUGUGUGUACUAAGGACAAGUCUCAGAAGAAUGAAGCAUGAGCCAGUCAUCUUGACAGGGAAAUGAAAUGAUGAGAUCACCCUCAGCUGUAACUGUAUUCUAUACAGGAUUAUUGCUAAACCCCCUAGUUUUACAUCAUUAUUAUUAAUAAAUUAAGCUGGGAGUGUUGCCUGCUAUUUGUAAUUGUAAGAGCAGAGUUGUCUAGUUGGGUCUACUGCUAACUAUACGGAUGCAUUGUUUGAUGAUUGUAAUAUCUUAUUACUGUUGUAUUUGGAGAAUAAAAGUUUCUCUUCUUUUCUUUC